ACCCCUUUAUACUCAGUCACCUUGAAUAGGAUGUUCCACUGCACCAGAGAUCUUUUUAAAUCAUUUCUAUUUCAAGGUGUUCAAUUUCGAAACCCAUCUACAUUUAUCGUCUCUGUGCUUCUACUCCGUUUUCUCAACAUACCACUCCCUCCACCUGCCUCUCAUUAUCUCCUUAUUUUACCAGGUGAGACCGUUACCCCCGAAUCGAUUGCCUACUUGGACAAAGGAGUAGUGUUCAUCGGAUCCACGUUGGGUGAUUCUCAAUUGAUUCGACUAAAUCCGGAUCCGGAUCCGGAGAGAAAUAGUUAUAUCACAGUUCUGGAGAAUUUCGCAAAUAUUGCACCCAUCGUGGAUAUGGUCUUGUUGGAGAACAAGGGUCAAAAUCAGUUGAUCACGUGUUCCGGUGCUUACAAAGAGGGUAGUUUGCGUCUAAUCCACAACGGGAUUGGGAUUCAUGAAUUGGCAACAAUUGAUCAGGAUUUAAUUAAAGGUAUUCUUGUUGUGUUUCAUGGUUCACGAGUAUCAUUGUCACGUCGUUCAGCUAACCUUCUUCACGAAUAUCUUAUCGCUCGUUUAUCUUGUCGAGAGUUAAUAUCCUAUCUUUCGUUCACAGGUGCUUGGUGCUUUCCCCUUCAGUCCGAUCGCUAUGACGAUACCAUUGUGGUUUCUAUGGUCGUUUUUGAUAAUCUCAACUCUAUAACGAUUCCUGUUGCCGGCUCUGUGUUCUCUAAUAAGCAUGUGCCUCUACGUGUGGGUAAGCUGGUAUGGGCUGUCUCGUUAACUGAAAGGCUCUCCGUAGCACACGGUAUACAUUAG